UUCUAUAAUCCCAUUCACAAUGACAAAACAGUUACUAGGAAACCAAGUUCCCAGGCAACACGUAAGUUGUUUACACUGCUUCUGGUUAGUUUGUUCAGCAGACUCAGUGUGCUGCCUCAGUGCUUUCAGUUUUGUAAAAACAGCAAGCCUCAGCAAGCAUUGCCCCCCCCCCCAUUUGUUGUUAUUAGUGUAGACCUUCUGCACCUGUCUGGUAAAGUGACUACAGAUAGUACAGACUAUUUAUGACAAGACACUACAAGUACAAAUGGCAGUUUUGGUCAAAUCUAUCAUGUUUUUUGGACAAUUUGCAUUAUGUAGAAAUUAAAAUGUAAGAAUUCAGCAGUAAUGUGUUAAUGUUAAUAUGAGUGAGGCUUUAGCUCCACCCUACUUGCCAUAAUCAUGUCAUGUCAUGUCAUCCCUAAAAUGCUUGUUUAUAUUCCUUUAAAUAUCAAGUUAUGUGUCAUUAUGAUAUGCACACUGGUUUUCCUUUAGAAAAUCCUAUAAUCCACAAUUAAAAUCCAAAAUAAAUAAAUAAAUAAAAUCUCGAUUUCUAGAUGACCUGCAUUCAUUAAAUUUUAUAUGUUCUAAUUAAAAAAUUACAGAGGAAUGUUAAUAAUUGUUGGAUUGAUGUUAGAUUUUAUACCGAUUUAAAAAUAAAUAAAUAACAGUACAUGGAUAUUUUCUUGAUUAAACAAUAAAAAAUAUUUUCCAAAAACUAUGUGUGUGUGUGUGUGUUCACAUUGACAUCAUCCAAAGGAUGUCUGCAAUCACCUGGAAAUACAUUUUUUAUCAAUUGUUUUCUUUUUUAAAUGAUCCUAUUCACUUGUAGUGUCUUGCUUUAAAAAUAUGGCCAAAACAAUUCCAACUAUCUCUGCAAUGAUCUUUACUUUCUUAAAUUUUUUUUUGUAUGAAUCUUUGUUUUUUGUACAGCAGCAUACUGUUCACAUGAUACAACUGACCUGCACCUAUUUUCAUUACAGAGCUGAAGAAUAACUGGCACAGGCACUUAUUAAACAUAUUCUGUUCCUAACAUCCACACAGGCUGCAGGUGGGCAGGUCCUCAUGACACGGCGGGUGGAAAAUACUUUUUCUGCUCCGCUAAUCUAGGUCAGCAGCGGGUAGUGAUAGUGAUAGGGAUGUCAGCUGGGAGCAGGAUAGAGGUUGUUCAGUGUGGUGAAGAGCUUCAGGGUGAAGAUCAUGUCUGCAUAGACUCUACAAAAGCCAAGGAGGAGUGGCAGGGGGAGGCUGAGGACAAAGAUCAGGGCCACCUGCCAUCCGUUCUGGGAAAGACAGUGACACUGGUGCCUGUGGGCAAGGAUAAACAGCACAAGAGGACGGAGGUGGAGAAGUCUCUUGGGAAAAGGCAGGAUGCUCGAGGGACGAACAGAGAACAGGUGAUCCAGGCAGAUGGCGCUGCAGCAGAUUCGGUCUGCUUGGUCAAGCACUCUCGGAGUGUGUGUGUGAGUAGGAGGACUCAAGUAAAGUAUCAGAGAAGAGCUGUACAGGUACACAAUCUACAGAGGAACACGAGCCCAGAAGAGAAAAAGGGACUCUUUUUCUAUUUUGGGGGAGGAAACGGGGCCUCCAUAGUUGUUCCAUACUGUGAGAGCAAAGGCUGGCAGCGUAUUCAUGACAAAAACCGACUGGACUACAGACUGAAAUGGUGUGAACUGAAAUCUUCACACACCUACAACAACUUCAGAGCAGGAGAACAGUUGGUGUACCAGAUCCCAAACAACAUAGUCUUGACCACUAAAAUAGGACUUCUGAACAGUCUCAGAGUAUAUGACAGGGUCAGCAGCAAGAUCAACCAUGGAAGAGGACACAGGAGACUGAAGAUGGGCGAGUUUAUUCCAGAGACAUUCCGCAUGGAUGUAAAAGAUGAGAGGGAAGCCUUCUUUUGCCAGCAAGAGGGAUUAUGCGCUGACAAAAGCAACAUAUGGAUCUGCAAACCAACCGGAUUGAACCAGGGUCGAGGCAUUUUCCUUCUGCACACACCGGAGGAUAUUGCAGCCUUCAGAGCCAGGAUGGAGAUGUUAGCAGGCAGCCAUAUGAACAAGAAGAUACCAUUCAGUAUGUCACCAGCAAUGAUUGCUCAACGGUACAUCCAAAACCCUUUGCUCCUAAAGGGCAAAAAAUUUGAUGUAAGAUCAUACUUAUUAAUCGCCUGCACCUCACCAUACACAGUGUUCUUUCGUCAUGGUUACGUUCGGCUGACCUGUGACCUUUACGACCCCAAGUCCAAUAACCUCACUGCACACCUGACCAACCAAUAUAUGCAGAAGAAGAAUCCUCUGUACAGCCUGCUGAAGGAGGAGACAGUCUGGUCCAUGGAGCGCUUCAACAGCUACAUUAAUGAGAUUUUCAUGGUGCCAAAGGGUCUGCCAAGAGACUGGGUUUUGACUGUUUUUACAAAAAGAAUGCAGCAGAUAAUGACUCAUUGUUUUCUGGCUGUCAAAUCAAAGCUGGAGUGUAAACUGGGCUACUUUGAUCUGAUUGGCUGUGAUUUUUUGAUUGAUGAGGACUUCAAGGUCUGGUUGCUAGAGAUGAACUGUAAUCCUGCUCUUCACACUAAUUGUGAAGUGCUGAAAGAGGUGGUGCCCAGAACAGUCAUGGAAACUCUGGACCUGGCCAUGGAGAUCUUCAAUAAAUGCUGCUGUGGCCUAAAGCUGUUGCCCCUGAGCAGCCAAAAAGAUUUUGUGCUACUGCACUGUGGUGAAACUGCGGGCAUGUCCUCCACCAAACAGAGGAGCCAAACAGCAAGACCUCUCAGGAGAGCAUGCUCCAAAAGCCGAUCCAGCUCUAAGAAAACACAGCAAGCUGUAAACAUUUCAGGCUGUAGCUGGACAGCCAAUAGGUGCCCAGCUCCCUCUUCGACUAUUUCAUCCAACUCUCCAGAUGCUUUCAUUCAUAAAAGCCCACCUAUACCGCAGCCAAGGCAGAAUAUAGCUAAUGAACAAGCAACCUCAUUCACUUCAGCCAACCAUCUUGUGCGUUUCUCAGGACACUCAUUCCUCCGGUCCUCCUCAGACACUGCUGAUGGUGAGGUCUUAGAAACAGCCCAAAAGACUCAGGGUGCAAAACCUGCAGAACUUAACCAAAGUCAGCUGGAGUCUAACAAAGCCAUUCCCAUACGCAUGGAGUGCACCUGGCAGCAACCUGAAGUGACUUCUGACCUCAGCAAGCAACAGCAUUUGAUGGCAAAGACUGCCAUUAUAUCUCUGUCUAGUCCCAUGCUGAAUGAUGACUCCAACAUCAUGGGCAAGCUUAUGACUGAAGCUGGCCAAGCAGAGCAAAUGGAUGCUUAGAAAGAGUGAUGGAGACAUGGCGGAGAUACAUGAUAACAUAUGAUAUGUACAUAAACACUAACACUACAUAAGCCUACAUAAAUAAAUUUGACUCUGAACUACCAUAAGUGCACUGAGCUACAAAGUUAAUGAUCAUGAUUUUCAGGUUUUGACUAAAACAGUCUGUAUACUGCUGAUGCCAAGUGGAAUAAGCUUUUAUAAAUGUUUAUGUAGGUUUGUGUCAAUUGUCAGGAAGGCCUCAUAUAGGCUUUAUGCAGUGUUAGAAACACUACCCUUAGGAAGUUUAUAAUAUAAACAGUCAUUUAAAAAGUUGUGUAUCUAAAUGAAAAUAUUUUUGAGAAUGUGAAAUCAGAGAUAUCUAGGAUCCUAUUUAGGGUUGCCAGAUCUGGUUGGACAAAAGGCCAAUCAGAAGCAUUCCAAUGGACAAACACUGGUCUUAUUACUUGAACUUGUGACUAUGACUAACCCUGUGUUCACACUAGCAAGUAACAAGUUGCUCAUGUUGCUCAUGUUGCUUGUAGUUCGUCUCUUGUGUGUGAACUGUCCCGAUUUUAUUUUUAGUUCUGGUGGAAAACGGUAGUAGCUAUAUUUAACUAGUUAAACACAAAUUAAAUAAUACAUUUAUCAGCAUGAAA